AUGGCCGAUCUUACCGCAUGGGCAGCUCCCAAGCUAUCCCAGCUUCUUCCGCUGGACCCUGAGUCUCUGUCCCAGGUCAUUGAGUAUGCCGCCAGUCUUUCCCCCGAGGCGUGCGCCGACCAUCUCAAAAACCUCCUCGGUGAUUCCCCCGCCGCCCUCGAAUUCAUAUCCUCAUUCAAUGCGCAUCGAGAACCUCAACGACAGCGUCAAGCACCGCCUCCACAGCCCCAGACUACUGCCCGAUCAACGGGUGCCAAGAAAGGCAAGAAGAAAGCUCCAUUGCACAGCGCCGGCCCACCACGUCGGCCCGAUAACUACGGAGAUGUUGGCGGCGGCUACAAAAAAGCCGAGGAAGAGGACUACAUGUCAUCCCGCAAGCAGACGAGCUCAAAUCCUGCACCAUCCCAAAAUGUCUCCGCAUCCUCGCGCGUCCUCUCGCCUUUGCCCGCUUCGAAACCACCACCAUCCGCGAGCGGCCCCACCAUCUCGGAUAUGCUACCAAACGUACGUUCAAAAACAAGCAAGUCCACUCGACAAGGUGGUGGAGGAUCCUCUGCCAAGGGUGGGACAGCCCUGACAACCAACGAUAUAUCUGACCUCACAUCGGCGAUCGCUGCGUUGGAGGUAUCAACAAACCCGAGUCUGGGCGAGAGACGCAAAUGCAACUGCUAUGGAUCCCUCCACGCGGUCUUCGACCCGGCGCCUAAUUGUAUGAAUUGCGGCAAGAUCAUUUGUUCUUUGGAAGGACUACAGCCAUGUUCGUUCUGCGAUACGCCCCUCCUCUCCGCGCAAGAAGUGCAAGGCAUGAUCCGGGAACUACGAGCGGAACGUGGACAGGAGAAGAUGCGCGUUCACAACGAGGGUGUUCACCAUGAAGGAGGGCCAAGACCUACCGGAUCAGAACCACCCAGCAACCUAGAUGCUGCGAAGGCGCACCGUGACAGGCUGCUCCAGUUCCAGGCGCAGAAUGCCCGCCGAACCAAGGUCGUCGAUGAGACAGCUGAUUUCGAAACACCCAAUGUUGCCUCCACGUUGUGGAUGACACCCACGCAGCGAGCAUUGGCGCUCAAGAAACAGCAGCGCAUACAGCGUGAAAUGGAUGAGCAGGCCCGACCCGAAUGGGAGAAGAAGAAGACCGUGAUGAGUUUAGAUAUCAAGGGCGGUAAGGUCCGCCGGGUAUAUCACUCUGCGCCUACGGUGUCAACCCCGGAGGCCAGUGAGCCCGAGCCUGCCGAUGAAGCGGGGAGUGCAGAGGCACCUAGAAGGGAACCUGCAUUUAGUCACAACCCACUGCUUGCCGCUGGUGGUCUAAUGCGACCCAUCUGGCGCGCACCAGAGGGGGCAAAGACCGACGCACCGGGGGAAACAGAGAAGAAACCAACCUGGCGACGUGUGCAGGAUGACAAUGACGAUAACGAGCAGUGGAUUCUGGACGGAGGAGCACAUGGACAUACUGCGACCUAG